AGUUUUAAAAUUAUGUGUUGUGAAGAAACAUAAAUUGGUUUUCGUCAAAAAAAUACAAUCGUUAAUAUUUUUUGUUUGAUCAAAAUAAUAACCGAUAGUAACAAAUUGAUUUAAAAAUAAUUUAAAGUAUGUAACAUUAAUUAAAAAAUAAAAAAAAGUCUGAGGUUUGAUUGGAAAAUCUACAACGUCACUGGUAAAAAAAAUAAAAAAAAACUUCAGUGAAUGAUGAUGAACCUCUUUUGAAUCCUCAAAACACUUUUGGCGGGAAACUUUGACGUAUAAUCCAAGAUGGACGGCAACUGGAGCAUGUUCCCGAGGGUCGGGCUCCGCUCGCCGAACCUGACCAACACCACCGUAAACCUGCAGGAGAACUUCGAGAUCGACUUGGAAGACACCAACUGGAUCCUGACCUCUUCCUUCAUCAUCUUCACCAUGCAGACUGGAUUCGGCAUGCUGGAGUCGGGCUGCGUGUCCAUAAAGAACGAAGCCAACAUCAUGAUGAAGAACCUCGCUGACAUCUCUCUUGGUGGUCUAACCUACUGGAUCUUCGGCUACGGGAUGUCGUUCGGCGGCGGCGCCUACUCGAACCCCUUCAUCGGCGUGGGCGACUUCCUAGUGGACCCACCGGUGGGCGACGCGCUCAUGGGGCCGGUCUUCGCGUCGUUCCUGUUCCAGCUGUCCUUCGCCACCACCGCGACCACCAUCGUCAGCGGCGCUAUGGCUGAGAGGUGCAACUUCAAAGCCUACUGCAUGUUCUCAUUCCUGAACACGGUGGUGUACUGCGUGCCGGCCGGCUGGGUUUGGGGGUCUCACGGGUUCCUGAAUCGCAUGGGGGCUGUCGACAUCGCUGGGUCCGGGCCUGUGCAUCUUAUUGGCGGGUCGUCCGCCUUCGCGUCAGCUCUGAUGCUGGGCCCACGGCUGGGACGUUACGCGAAAGGCAACGACCCACUACCGCUGGGCAAUCCAGUCAACGCUGUAAUGGGCACCUUCGUGCUAUGGUGGGGCUGGCUGGCUUUUAACUCUGGGAGCACUUAUGGGGUGAGUGGCGCCAAAUGGCAGUACGCGGCGCGGGCAGCUGUGAUGACCAUGAUGGGUUCUUUUGGAGGAGGCUGCUUCGGACUUUUAUACACCAUGAUAAAGCACAAAGGACGAGCCGACGUGAUGGAACUGAUCAACAGCAUCCUGGGAGCCCUGGUGUCCAUAACUGCGGGCUGCUUCCUCUACCGUGCGUGGGAGGCGCUGGUCAUCGGAGCCAUAGGGGCAGCCAUAGCCUCCAUCGCGGCUCCCCUCUUCGACCGCAUCAAAGUGGAUGACCCGGUCGGAGCGAGCGCUGUACAUGGCGCUUGUGGGUUUUGGGGUGUGGUGGCGGUAGGCCUCUUCGCGGACAAUCCUAUACCGAUGGACACCACCAACGGCAGAUCGGGACUGUUCAAAGGGGGCGGCUGGUACCUCCUAGGCGUCCAGACUCUAACGGGGGUUUGCCUGAUGGCGUGGGGCGCGCUGGUGACGAUGGCUCUCCUGUGGAUGAUCGACCGCCUGAUGCCGAUCCGCAUGGACCCUUACGAGGAACUGCUCGGAGCAGACCUUACUGAGCACAGGAUUAGGCAUGGCCAGGUGGGGGUAUCCCGCGCGGUGUCGGCGCUUCGCCCCUUCCACCGCUCGCAUAGCAUUGAGGAAGUGGGGGGAAUCGGGGUCAACACUGGCCAUAGCUUGGUGGUGGACAAAUUGCAUGAGGUCCAAGAAAACAAAAGCAAGAACAAAGGUAAAUUAAACCUCCAAAUGUUUUCAAACGAAGCUUUCGUCGAUGAUCAACAACCUGAAUCUACCUUCAAAACGGGAAUACUAAACAAACGACCUGGCAACCCUGAAAACGAGUUACACCGCGCUCUAGACUCUAUGGUCAACGAAAUCAACGGCACAAAUUACAAAAAGAAGGGCAAAGGCAAAAAAGGUACCCAAGUGUUGCCAGAAGAAAUAAAAGGGAAAAAGUUUAAGGAAUUAACAGUGACGGAGUUGGAUGAGCUGGGGCAAAUGAAUGCGAGCCAAGAUAGAUUUAGGUACAGGUUUGGGGAGGAAGAUUAUAGGAACGACGCCCGUAGGAGUGGCAACACUAAUAUUAGAUGGAUUGACUAAUAAAAAAAAUGUAAUAUUGUAACUCUGUCAAUGAAAUCUUGUUCGAUUUCUUCGAUUUUUUUUUAUUUUGUUACGUCGGUUUAGAAGUAUCAAAAUGUUUUUAUUAAUCUAACUUAAGCCACGAGUGGAAUUUAAAGUAACACCUAAAUCUUAUUUUAAGACAGAUUUUUAAUAUUU